AUGUCGAGAUUUAAUAAGAAGACGGCGCAGAAGUUUGUCGUGGUCCACAGACCUCACGAUGACCCAAACUUUUAUGAUAAUGAUGCAUCUGAACACAUCCUGGUGCCUGUUGAAAUGCCCAAUAGGGGGGGAAAUAACGCUUUGCCAAAGUCAUCAUCGAGUGUCAGGUUUGUUAGGAAGUCUAAUGAGUUUAAUGAACAUAUUGGUGAAGCCUCUUUAUAUGGUAUUAAAUUUGAUGAUACAAGUUAUGACUACACUAAGCAUUUAAAGCCAAUUGGCUUAGACCCGGAAAACUCAAUAUAUAUAUCGUCCAAGAGUAAAGUGGAUAAGGUAAAGGUCAAUAAGCAAAAUAUUGAAGAAUUAUUUGUGGAACCUGAAUAUCAAGAUGGCAAAAGGAAGGAGGCAGAAGCUGUGUUCUUCAGAGGGAUGGCCAAGCCAGAGUAUCUGGAAAAGAUGCAGGACAUACCAGAUGAGCUACGCGGCUUUCAACCAGAUAUGAACCCUGCUCUAAGAGAGGUUCUCGAAGCAUUGGAAGAUGAUGCGUAUGUUGUUAAUAGCGACGUUAUUGUGGGGGACGGUAGGAAGCUGCCAAAAGAUGGUGCUGUUGGCGAUGAUGAUGCCAACAACAAGAAAAGUGGCAGCGUUGAAGCAGGCCAAGAAGAAGAGGACGAGGAUUUGUUUGCAGAAUUGCUGGGGAGUGGCGAAGUGAAAGAUAAGGAGCGAUUUCAGGACGAUUUUGACGAAUGGGAUAUCGAUAAUUUUGAAGGAUAUGAAGAGCAGUGUUUCCAGGAUGAAAUUGCACAAUUUGACAACAUCGAGAACCUCAGAGACUUACAAGCUAUUGACAUUGGUGCUGAUGUUAGGCGAUUCAAAAAAGUUCAAUCCAAACAACAGAAUGCCAAUGAAUGGGACUCAGAUGACAACUUCUCCGAAGCUCCUGACGAAGCAGAAGAGGAAAAUGAUGACAUAUUGGGAGACAUGCCUGUUAUAAAUAAAACUAAAAUAUCAGGAUCUAAAAAACGUAAAGAUCGUCGGAAAAAGGGAGCUAUGUCUGACGUUUCUGGAUACUCCAUGAGCUCCAGCGCCAUUGCAAGAACAGAAGUCAUGACCAUCUUAGAUGACAAAUAUGAUCAGAUAAUUAGUGGCUAUGAAAACUAUGAAGAAGAGCAAGAGAAUAACGACGAAAACUACGUUCCAUUCGACAUGGCUCGUGAGCGUGCAGACUUCGAAGAACUUCUAGAUGACUUCUUAGACAAUUAUGAACUGGAGAAGGGUGGCAGGAAAUUGGCAAAGAAAGAUAAAGAGAUUGAUAAUUUGAAAAUAGCUGCUGAUGAAGUAAGUAAAGGAAAACUUUCGAUGAGAAGGAAAAAAGAACGCAGCAAAAAUGGAGUCGAUGGUGUCACCAAUUGCCUACAGAGCUUACGGUUUUAA